AUGGGAGAGGUCGCAGGCGUCGGAAGUAAUUGCCAGGGCCCUUAGCAGCUUCUUACCCGCACCUAGCAUGGUGGUUACAUGAUGGAGGAACAGUAACCCGGCUGUGUGGCCGUUGGGGCGGGGCGUUGUGGGGCAUGGAGUGGAAGCAGGCGUUGCGGGGCCGGCUGGCCGCCUACACCGGCCCUAAAAAAAGUGAACAAGAGCUAAAGGAUGAAGAAAUGGAGUUGUUUACAAAAUACUACAUGGAAUGGAAAGGAGGAAGAAAAAGCGUUAAUACAUCCUACAUGAAUAUACCACGGUUUUAUUACAGGCUACCAGCUGAGGAUGAAGUCUUACUGCAGAAAUUAAGAGAAGAAUCUAGAGCAGUCUUUCUACAGAGAAAAAGUAGAGAGCUGUUAGAUAAUGAAGAGCUUCAGAAUUUGUGGUUUCUGCUGGACAAACAUCAGACACCACCUAUGGUUGGGGAGGAAGCAAUGAUCAAUUAUGAGAGCUUCUUGAAAGUUGGUGAGAAAGCUGGACCCAAGUGCAAGCAGUUCUUUACAGCGAAAGUCUUUGCUAAAUUACUCCACAAUGAUCCCUAUGGAAGGAUAUCUAUCAUGCAGUUCUUCAAUUAUGUGAUGAGAAAAGUAUGGCUUCACCAGACAAGAAUAGGCCUCAGUUUAUAUGAUGUGGCAGGACAGGGUUACCUCAGAGAAUCGGAUUUAGAAAAUUAUAUUUUGGAACUUAUCCCUACUUUGCCACAGUUGGAUGGUUUAGAAAAAUCAUUUUACUCAUUCUAUGUCUGCACUGCGGUUAGAAAGUUCUUCUUCUUUUUAGACCCUCUCAGAACAGGCAAGAUAAAGAUACAAGAUAUUUUAGCUUGCAGCUUUCUGGAUGACUUAUUGGAGUUAAGGGAUGAAGAACUUUCUAAAGAAAGUCAAGAAACAAAUUGGUUUUCUGCUCCAUCUGCAUUGAGGGUUUAUGGCCAGUAUUUAAAUCUUGACAAAGAUCACAAUGGUAUGCUCAGCAAAGAGGAACUAUCCCGCUAUGGAACAGGGACUCUUACCAAUGUAUUUUUAGAUCGUGUCUUCCAAGAAUGUCUGACUUAUGAUGGAGAAAUGGACUAUAAGACCUACCUGGACUUUGUGCUUGCAUUAGAAAACAGAAAGGAACCUGCAGCUCUACAAUAUAUUUUCAAACUGCUUGAUAUAGAGAACAAAGGAUACCUGAAUGUUUUUUCCCUGAAUUAUUUCUUUAGGGCUAUUCAGGAACAAAUGAAAAUCCAUGGACAAGAACCAGUUUCUUUUCAAGAUGUAAAGGAUGAAAUCUUUGAUAUGGUGAAGCCUAAAGAUCCGUACAAGAUCUCCCUUCAAGACUUAAUCAACAGUAGCCAAGGAGACACUGUUACUAGCAUUCUAAUUGAUCUGAAUGGCUUCUGGACCUAUGAGAACAGAGAGGUUCUUGUAGCAAGUGAUAAUGACAAUACAACAGAUAUUGAUGAUACAUAACAGGAAUACACUAUUUAUGGAGAUGUGCCUAAAUGUGCACAAACUCUGAAGCUGCAGGCCUAUUCAUUAUCCAGAUCAGACAUUUCCAUCUUCCCCCAGAUGGGUGGUAUUAAAACUUUGUAUAGAGAUUGACAAAUGGUGAAGCCAAAAUAGCUACAGUGCUAUUUAAGAGGCAGUGGUUUGAUCUUAGUAAGAUGGAGAGAUUGUUUUGGAAUCUUUCUUCAAACUACAGUAGCAAGUAACAGUUCUCUCAACAUUUUGUUUCAUUAAACCUGUAGAAUAUUAAGGAUGGGAUUUCCAAAAAUGCUCAAUGUUAGUCUGUCUCUGCUACUGCUGAAGCCAGUAGGAAUCUUGGGAUUGGUCUAACUCUGCUGUCACAGUUUUUAAACCUGUCACAUGUAGUGUUCACUAGCAACUAAGUGUUAAGAA